AAAGGUGGCCAGAGGGUUAAGACUGUUCAUUCCCCAAGGCGUGGCUCAGGGAUGCUUGUUCUCCUCCUGCAGGGCUUUUAGAUCCUUUUUAGAGAACUAGAGUCAGGGCUUCAGUUCCUUAGAGCCAGAUGCUAACCACAUUUACUCCGAAUUGGCGUCUGUCGGCUUUUACACACGACUACCUAUUCUUAGGAUUGCAGCCACAGAAGCAGGAGGUGAAUGGGUCUCCCAGGGAUGUGCAUGCCAUCUGGCUGGACUGGCCACUAGUCAUUUAGACAGAAUGCUUGUUACAGGGUGUGUGUGUGGGAUGAUGAUUCAAAAGCUGGAACGGAAGGGCUGCCGUUCCCCGGCUACUAACAGGGGGCGGGGAAGCAAGGCUCGCGCCAGAAGUCUGUCCUCCUCCUGGCUCGCGACGAUGAGAUGGGUGCUGACCGGAUGCAACUUGGCAUUGAUUGGUGGGGCUGCAUGGAAGCCUGGGGAGAGGCGUCAUUGCCGGAGCUGUGUGGGUGUGGUGACAGCGCACUCCCCACCAGCGCCACCCCACCCCCAACCCCUCCUAUAAAGUGUAGGGAUGGUGGGGCUUGGAGGGUCACUUUGCAGCUCAGCUCGAGCACCUGUGACUCGGUGCGGAGGAGCUGAGAGAAGAUCUCCCGAGGGACAGAGACAAGGGCAGCCAUGUCUGAUCCAGUUCAGUCACCUGCCACCGGGACAGGACCAGAAGGCGAAUCAGCUAGAGGCCCUCCUGAAGCACCUCCAAACAUGACCAGCAAUCGCCGCCUGUACCAGACUCAAGCAGAAGUGGCAGCAGUAGUGCAUAUCUUCCAUGAUAAUGUGGAAAAGGUCUUGAAGCGAGAUGAAGACCUGUUGGCACUAGAAGCACAAGCUGAGGGUGUGCAUGAUAGUGCCAAAGUGUUUCAAACCAAUGCAACAUCUCUUGCAAGGAAGUACUGGUGGCAGAAUGCUAAGAUGAUGGUCAUACUGGGAAUCAUCUGUGCCAUUGUGGCAGUUGCAGUUGCUCAUGAUGCUCAUACUGGGAGUGAUUUGUGCCAUUGUGGUGAUCGCAAUUGCACCUUCUGUCCCCAGUCUACAUUUUAACCUGAGAAUGUGUUCCUCUUCCCCUUCCCUCGGUCUGCAGCCUCCCUCCUUCCCUCUCUUCUUCCUUCACCUUCUCUCCUUUUUAGCCUACUUUCCAAUAGGCUUAUGAGAUCAACUGGCAUUCUCUGUGUGUCCCCCGCCCCCACCAACUGCACAACGCCUGGACCAAACCAAAUUGGGUAAAGUUGUAGGGACACAUAGGGACACCUCAAUGGCAUAGUUUGUGAUGAUGUCAUCCACACUGAUUCAAAAUGGUGGAUGGGUAAACUUUCAAGGUGCAAGUGGGCUAACUUGUGAACCGCUUAACCAAUUUGAACCAAAUUUGCUGCAGCUGUAGGGACACAUAGGGACACCUCAACAGCGAAGAUUGUGACGAUGUCAUCCACCUCAGUUCAAGAUGGUAUUCAUGUGAAUGUCUGAGGCACGAGCGGGCUAAUUUGUGGACUGUCUAACCCAUUUGAACCAAAUUGGGUACAGUUGCAGUGAGUGACACACAGGGACACCUCAAUGGCAUGGACACCUCAAUGGCAUAGCUUGUGAUGAUGUCAUCCAUCCUGAUCCAAGAUGGCGGACACAUGAACUUAUGAGGCGCAAGUGGGCUAAUUUGUGAACUGCUUAACUGAUUUGAACCAAAUUUUCUACAGCUGUAGGGACACAUAGGGAUGCCCUAAUGGCGUUGUGUGAUGAUGAUGUCAUUCACUCCAAUUCAAUAUGGCGGCGGUGUGAACAUCUGAGGUGUAAGCCGGCUAAUUUGUGGACUGUUUUACCAAUUUAAACCAAAUUAGGUAAAGUGAGUGACACACUGCAGUGAGUGACACACAGGCUCACCCCAAUGGCAUAGUUUGUGAUGAUGUCAUCCACACCGAUUCAAGAUGGCAGAUGUGUAAACUUUUGAGGCGCAAGUGGACUAACUUGUGACCCGCUUAACUGAUUCGAACCAAAUUUGUAGGUUUGAGCUGUAGGGACACACAGGGACACCUCAAUGGCAUAGUUUGUGAUACUGUCACCCACCCCAAUCCAAGAUGGUGGUCGCAUGCACAUCUGAGGUGCAAGUGAGCUAAUCUGUGGACUGUCUUACCCAUUUGAACCAAAUGGGACACAUAGGGACACCUCAACAGCGUAGAUUAUGACAAUGUCAUCCAGCCCAUUUCAAGUCGUGGAGUACAGUCUGAGACUAUACAUCUCUCUAGCUGUAGUCUCAAGCAAGGUUUGACCAGAGAGACGCUCUGACCAGAGAGAAUAAUUGAGGUCAGGAUGUUCAAGGGCAGGGAGGUCCAAUUGGUGGCUAAUGGGUGCUUUCGAAGCAGCUUUACCUGGCCCUCUACCAAAUUCUUACUCUGGGUGUGCUAGGAAUGUAUUCCCCCCUGCAUAGCGUGUUGUGAAGGUGCUGAUUUUUUUUUUUUGCAUGUUCAGUGCCAUGUACCAGCAUUUCGUUUGCAGAGCCCAUGUCUUGGCAGAUCCCCAUCUUUCUCCACCUUUGGGGAUGAUGGAGAAAAACAGGAAUGGAGCUCCCAUCCUUGAACCAGUAUCUGCCAUCUUGGUGGAAGUGUGCUGUUGGAAGUACAACAGCUGAAGAGGAGUUGAGGCCUGCUCAUGAUGCUGCUGCUAUGUUAUGAGAUUAAGUACAGUAAAGUGUGCAGCCCUCCCUCCCCUUGAUCUCCCCUGGACAAGAGUUUGGCUUGAUCUGCCAUCUUUAUAAAGAGGAGGCCUCCUGGCUGCUUUCUUCUGCUUUUCUUGUCUGUCCUCAUGGAUGUUUGCACAUUGCGUCUCUUUCUCUUCCACUUCUCCAUUGUUCCAUCUCUUUGUGCAUGGGCAAAAGGUUUCACCCCCCCCCCCCGAGGCCCUCUGUGCCUAAAGCAAGGGACUACUUUCUCUAUGCACAGAACUUCAGCCACUUUCUCAUGCAAGUGUGGUUUCUGCCUUUAUGGGGGUUUAUGGGGGUUGUAGUCAACCACAUCUGGGAAUCCUUGUUAGAGGGAACACUGUACCUGGGCAGGAGCAAGGCUACCUGCAGGCUUGGCUGCCGCAUAGACCCAGGGAUGUUCCUUGCUGCAUCUCUAAUGCUGUGCUACUCAUUUCCUAGUGCAGUAGACUACAAGCAAAGCUGCCCAGCAGAAAGGGCUGCCUCUGCAUCCUAGCACACAGCAGCUGUACUGGAUAUGGGCCAGGAGUGGAGCCAGGCUGGCGGUGGCCCAUGUGUGGCUGCCGCUGCGGCCCCCUGGCCCCUCCCCCUGUGUCUGACAUCACCCAGCUAGCCAUGCCCCCGCAUCUGAUGUCAGACACGGGGGCAUUGUCUCCCUUCCAAACGGGGCCGCACAGCCCCAUUUGGAAAGGAGAUUGGCCCGCCCUGCUUUGAGCUGUGUGGGCUGGAAUGACUCUCUCUGCCUUAAAGGCAGGGAAAGCCAUUCUGGCCAUGCUGCCAAUGCAUCGUGGGCCAAUCUCUCUCCUAAACGGGGCUGCGUGGCCCCAUUUUGGAGGGAGAUCAAUUGGCCCUGUUGCAUUGGCAACAGGACCAGAGUAGCUCUCCCUGCUUUUAAGCUGAUUUGGAGCUGAUUUGGGCUCCAAAUGGAGCUGUGUGGCCCCAUUUGGAACCGAAAUAAUGCUCCCGCAUCUGACGUCAGGCCUGGGGGCAUGUCUGGGGCCGCACUCACGGCCCCUGAAUGGGUACGGCCCAGGUUCUUUGAACCCAUUCACCCAAUGGUGGCUCUGCCCUGAUGUGGGCUGUACUUGUUUAAAAAUGCUGGCUAUUCUUGUGGCUCAUGGUGGUGGAAAGCUUAAUCCUCUGAGAAAGAGCCUGAACUAGGGCAGCCCCAGCUAGGAUCCAGUGUCUCCACAUCAUACUUAGCUCCUACUUGUCCUGUGUAUCCCCUGUCUUAUAGGCAUAAUGCAUUUUCUGGAGGUUUCUUCUUCUUCUUCUUCUUCUUCUUCUUCUUCUUCUUCUUCUUCUUCUUCUUCUUCUUCUUCUUCUUCUUCUUCUCAUAAACAACUACAUUAAUUGAAAUCCUCACUGUAAGUAGAAUAAACGGCCAAGAAAACCAAAUACUUGGAUAUGUAAUUUUCCUAACUUCACUGGAACAAAUGCAUAAACUAGCCCCUCAGAUAAUGCCUUUGAGAGUACAUGGGUCUAUUCAUAAAUAAGUUUGUCAAAUUUGCUUCUGCCAUGUUGAGGGGAAGAACUGGUGGUCUCUGUGGAAAAUGGGCGUCUGCCCCCUCUAAUGUGAAGUAGGCCGGCAUCUAAACCGUAUCUGCAUGAGAAGAAAGGAAUCCCAAGGCAAGUGUGAUGCCCUCAAGGCAAGCUCUAGGGUCUGGCCAGAGCACACAUAGGUGCUGUAACUGGAAAUAAUGGGAGGAGCUCAUUCAUGUCUAUACAUGAUUUAACCUGCCUUUUGUAUUACUUUUGAUUGAAUAAACAUGUAAGCAAGGAGUUGUGAAAGAAAAUGAGAGCAGCAACCCAGGGUUGUUAAUGUGGUUGAGUUAGAACUUCCCAUGUCAGUGUGGCCCUUGUUACAUUCGGGAGUAGGAUCCGGAGGGUCUUACGCAGCUGCUAUUAACACAACAGUGCAUCCAUCCGAAGACGCCAGCCUCAGAGCAAUAUUCUGUCUCUGCCGUAUGUGGAUGAGGAUGGGGCCAAUGAAAGUAAGAGCACAUGUGUGUACUUGUGAUGCUCAUGUUUACGUCAAGGACUGUUUCCCGCAUGAUCACAUGCUGCUAAAGGCUAUCUCUUUCCCUGUUGUAUGAUGUAGUCAUCUUCUCCACAGUAAUAUGGCCUGUGCUGAUUGAAAAGCAAGGAGAGUGUGUUUUGUUUUUGCUAUGGAUAUACUGGAAAAGUGUAUUUGUCCUAUAAAUAUAUUAAACAGUUCAACAGGUUCAUCCUUA